UCCGAAGAAGCGAUUGGUCGAGUGCGGUGCCUGUCAGACGGUGAGGGCGUAGCUCUGUAUUUCGCUCACUGUCAGAGCUCGAGGGACGAAACGAAGGGUUCGUUUCCGUUUGUAGGCUGCGGAAACCGAGUUUCACAGUGCUACACCAGCCGAACAGAGACCGAUUGGAGCUCGAUCCUACGACCGAGAGGAGGAAAGAGGACAGUAAUUGAGGAAGACCUUGUAAUCAAAAUACCGUCCAAAUUUACACUAAUAUUACACUUUAAUAGCACUUAAACCCAGUGCCUGCGAAGAUGGGAGACAAGGCGGGGACCAGAGUCUUCAAGAAGUCCAGCCCCAACUGCAAGCUCACAGUAUACCUGGGGAAGAGAGACUUUGUGGAUCACCUAGACCAUGUAGAUCCAGUGGAUGGAGUGCUACUCAUAGACCCAGAAUACCUAAAAGACAGAAAAGUCUUUGUGACUCUGACCUGUGCAUUCCGAUAUGGUAGAGAGGACCUGGACGUUCUGGGCUUGUCCUUUAGGAAAGACCUCUAUAUCUCCACCUUCCAGGCCUUCCCUACCCUCACCACAGAGGAAGGUAAACCACUCAGCCGGCUGCAGGAACGACUGCUGAAGAAACUAGGCCAGCACGCCCACCCAUUCAGCUUCACUAUCCCUCAAAACCUGCCCUGCUCAGUCACUCUACAGCCAGGACCAGAGGACACAGGGAAGGCCUGUGGAGUAGACUUUGAGGUCAGAGCCUUCUGCGCUAAGACUGUAGAGGAGAAGAUACAUAAAAGGAACUCAGUGCGUCUGGUGAUCCGUAAGGUGCAGUACGCCCCAGAGAAGCCUGGUCCUCAGCCCAUGGUGGAGACAACACGAUCCUUCCUACUGUCAGAUAGAUCCCUACACCUAGAGGCCUCCCUGGAUAAAGAGCUCUACUACCAUGGAGAACCUAUCAGUGUGAAUGUCCAUGCGACCAACAACUCCACCAGAACAGUCAAGAGGUUGAAAAUCUCAGUUCGCCAGUAUGCUGACAUUUGUCUGUUCAGUACGGCUCAGUACAAGUGUCCUGUUGCACAGGAAGAGGCAGAUGACCAGGUGUCCCCCAGCAGUACGUUCUGUAAGGUGUACACCCUGACUCCCACGCUCACCAACAACCGAGAAAAGAGAGGCCUGGCUCUGGAUGGCAAGCUGAAGCACGAAGACACCAAUCUGGCCUCCAGCACUAUAGUGAAAGAUGUGUCCAAUAAGGAGGUUCUGGGGAUCCUGGUGUCCUACAGAGUCAAGGUCAAACUAGUGGUGUCUCGCGGAGGGGAUGUCUCGGUGGAGCUGCCUUUUGUUCUAAUGCACCCCAAACCCUCUGACCUACCCAACUCCAGACCUCAAUCAGGUACAGACCAAUGUGUGUUUAAUGGAGAAACAUAUGUUUUAGGAAAGUGUUUUGCGGGAAUAUUUACCUGUUUCGAAAUGCCAUUACUUUCACCCACAGUCGUCCCAGAAACAGAUGCCCCAGUUGGCAGUAACCUGAUAGAGUUUGAGACCAAUAAUUUCUCUCAGGAUGAUGACUUUGUGUUCGAGGACUUUGCCCGUCUGCGGCUGAAAGGAACGAAGGACGAUAAGGAUGAGGAUGACCACUUGUGCUAGCUCUCCCUCCCCCAGGACCAUGCACCUGAACCUGGGGAGAGGUGCUAGGCGAGUCCCUGGUCUCGUGUUGUCUCCAGGCCAGUAGGCUCAACUUCAGAAAGGGGGAGCAGGAGCACUCAUAUGUAUUCUAUUUUUCACCCCCCCCUCUACUUCUUCUUCUCCUUCUUCUUCUCUCGUCUUUCUUGUACAUCUUUGAUGGGAUUUUCCAUUUCUACUCCUUUGUUUUGUCACGCGUUUGUUUGAGAAACAGAGAGAAUGUGAGAGAGAGAUGGAGGGAUUUAUAGGAGUGUCGAGUCCACAGUCUCUGUUUUAGGAAAUCCUUCUAUAUGUUUUGGAUCCAUUCUUUGAUUCAGGGUUGAUGUUCUAUGUUCUAUACGCUCUAUAGGUCCCAGCUUUAUAAGAAGUGGGUAGACCGACAGAUAUACAUUUGUCAUUAUUUACAUGAUUGAAUACCAUGUACCUAAGGUUGCAAAAUUCCCCAAAUUCCCAGAUUUUCCCAAAAUUCUGGUCAGAAGAAUCUGGAUUUCCAACUUAUUCUCUCCUGAUUCUGGGAAUCUUCCAACCAAGAUCCAACCAAGAUUUCUGGGAAAACCUGGGAAUUUUGAGGAAAGUUUGGGGAAUUUAGGCAAUCCUAUAUGUAACUGUAAUGUACAGGACUGCGAUGCUGCACAACUACUUAGAGGGAACAUGAGUUUAAUAGUUUAGUUAAUUACAUUGUUAUGACAUAGUUAUAACCAGUUAUUACACUGUAAUUAUAUUGUUAUUAUUACACCUUUACCUUAUCCUUGACACCCAUUAUACCCAAUAUGUAACUCAAUACUUUAACCCUUUAUGGCAAGUGUGAAACGAUGACAUAUCCUCACAGUGAGAGAGUGAGUGUGUAAGAGUCCUGUGUGUGCAGUGCACUUAGUUAUUGUCACAGGAUGUAAAGUGUACUUACAGUCAGCUACAGUGAGCGUCUCAGUGUAGUUCAGCUACACUGAGGGUGUGAGUGUGAUGCAGUCAGCGUGAGGAUGCAGGUGAUUGUAUGUACUGACAGUGUAUUCUGUUAAGGACUACAUAGGAGACUUCAGGCAGCAGAACCUACACACACACCCUACAUUCAGCAGAUGCCUUGAACACGAUAAAUAGCUAUUUUUUCACGUUCAUGAUUUGCCCAAAGUCGUUUACUUGGUAGGUCAGGUGGCAGUUUGAUCGAACCCAACUGUCAAUAAGAUUAGGGCUCAUGUCUAUGACGAUAGCCUACUGUACUGUACUGGGCCAAUUAUAAAGCUGUGGUUUUCAAGAGGAAUAGGAAUGCUGAUCUAGGAUCAGGUCCCCACGUCAAUAUAAUCUUAUUCAUUUUGAUCGACCAGGUCAACCAGGUAGAUCAGGUCGACCAGAUCGACCAGGUCGACCAGGUAGAUCAGCCAAGGAUAUUUUUUUGACAGCUCACAAAGGGUGCCCCCUGGUGUUUGAAAAGCUGUAGUCUUCUGCAGGUCUAUUAAUAGAGUAUUUAAAGGAGGUUGUAGGUGGCCGUUUCCCCCUCCACUGAUACAGGGUAAGAUUCUUUUGGUGUAGGGCAGCGGUUCUCAAACUUGGUCCUCUGGACCCAAAGGGGUACAUGUUUUGUUUUUUGCCCUAACACGACACAGCUGAUUCAAAUGAUCAAAGCUUGAUGAUUAGUUGAUUAUUUGAAUCAGCUGUGUAGUGCAGGGGGGAAACCUAAAGCGUGCUCCCAGAGGGGCCCCGGGACUGAGUCUGGUGUAGGGUAAUCUGAUCCUAGAUCUGUGGUUAGGGAGUGACUUCUACCUCAAUUGUGCGAAGUUUAACAUUGACCAACCUCUUAAACCUACCAGCAUCAAACUUCAGCCUCAAUCAUCAGAAUCACCAAUGUAGGGAGCAGGAGAA